AUGAUGCUUUUUAAAUCGGAGUUUCUUCCGAUGAAAGACACGUUUGCCCAGCUAUUCUUACGGCUUUCUAGACCGCUUACACUCGAAAUCAUGUUUGAUCUGAUAUGUUUCUUCGAAAUAGGUCUGCCUAUGCACCAUACCGUCCAACAAGCUGGAACACCACAUGCAGGGGCUGAGAGAGUACGAGAAAACAACAAGCACCAACGACCAGCAAAUAUAUUGCGAAAGGAGAGCUUCGAGCUUCCUAGCGUCUUCUAG